AUGCAGGUCGACAACGUAAAUCGCAAGAGAAUCGUCGCCAGCAUUGCGGCUACCGUCAUUUCGCUAGCCUGCGGCACAAAUUAUGUCUACUCAGCAUGGGCGCCGCAGUUUGCUGAGCGGCUGAAGCUCACGGCGACGCAGAGCAACCUGGUCGGCCUGUCUGGUAAUUUCGGAAUGUACUCGCUUGGUCCUCUGGUUGGCAUGUUUGUCGACCAUCCCUCGGUCGGAUCCGGGCCUGCUGUCCUCCUCGGCGCUGUGCUGCUCGGGGUGGGCUACUUUCCGCUGCACCGCGCGUACGAUGCCGCGUCCGGCUCCGUCCCCGUCCUCUGUUUCUUCUCGUACCUCACCGGCAUGGGCAGCUGUCUGGCCUUCUUCGCCGCCGUCAAGGUGUCGGCGCUCAACUGGCCGCACCACCGCGGCACGGCCACGGCGUUUCCCCUCGCCGCCUUUGGCCUCAGCGCCUUCUUCUUCUCCUUUCUGGGCUCUAUCCUCUUCCCCGGCGACCCCAGCUCGUUCCUAAAGCUGUUGGCCUGGGGCACCGUCGCCCUGACUUUUGCCGGCUUCUUCUUCCUCAAGGCCUACCCCCACACGUCGUCGUAUCAGGCCGUGCCGGGGACGGAGCCGUCGGCGAGUAGCGUACCCGGACAGCGCCUGCGACGAACGUCGUCGGCGCGUAGGCACCAGCAGCGCGCCAUGUUUGAUGAUGAACCUGGUACGUCCAACAACUUUACUACUACUCAAGUCACGGCGGAGCAAUCCGGUCCCGGAUCCGCCCCUACUCAAGUAGCAGGCGGCGCAGGCACCGAAGAAGCUGUACCGGACGAAUCGUCGUCACUCAUGUCGGGCACGUCGGCUGUGAAUCAUGAUGGGAAUGCAAGUGUUGAUCGAGAUGCGUUUCAUCAUGUAGAUAUUCGUGGAUUCCAGCUCCUGACUUGCCUGGACUUUUGGCAAUUAUUCACCAUCAUGUCGAUCCUGGCCGGUGCUGGACUCAUGACUAUUAACAAUAUCGGAAAUGAUGCCAACGUAUUAUGGAAACACUACGACAGCACCAAAGGUGAAGAGUUUCUUGUGCGUCGUCAACAGAUGCACGUCUCGAUUCUUUCCAUCGGUAGCUUCGUGGGACGUCUUCUUAGCGGUAUUGGUUCCGAUUUCCUCGUCAAAAAGCUCGGGGCCAGCCGAGUGUGGUGUUUGGUCGCGUCGGGUCUCCUCUUCAUCGUCGCCCAAUUCUGCGGCCUAACCAUCUCCACACCCAUCUACCUCUUCCUUCUGUCUAGCCUCACGGGCAUUGCCUACGGCCUGCUCUUUGGCGUUUUUCCGUCCAUUGUUGCCGAGACUUUUGGCAUUCACGGUCUCAGCCAGAACUGGGGCUUCAUUACGCUCGCCCCAGUCUUCUCCUCCAACAUCUUCAACCUCAUCUACGGCUCCAUCCUCGACCACCACAGCGUCUUUGAUCCCAGCGGCGAGCGCUCAUGCCACGACGGUCUCGAGUGCUACCGCUCCGCGUACGGCAUCACCUUUGCGUCGUGCUUGGUUGGCGUGGCCAUAACCAUCUGGAUCAUCCGCCACCAAUAUGUGGCGAAGCUCAAAUUCAUGGGAAAAGCCAACCUGGAGGAUUAG